GUGCAUUCUAUGUACGUGACACGUCCACCCACCCUGUCAGGCUCGCUAGAAUUAGGAUUUUACUGUUUUUUACUUUUCGGUAUUGUUUAAUUGAAAAUGCCGUUAAGACUGGAUAUCAAGAGGAAGUUGACUGCGAGGUCGGAUCGUGUGAAAUGCGUAGACCAGCAUCCGACCGAACCAUGGCUCCUGUGUUCCCUGUACAACGGCGAUGUAAACGUUUGGAAUUACGAGACACAUUCACAGAUCAAAAGAUUUGAGGUAUGCGACAUACCCGUGAGAGCAGCAAAGUUCGUGCCCAGAAAGAACUGGGUUAUCACUGGAUCGGACGACAUGCAGAUUCGCGUGUUCAACUACAACACACUGGAGCGAGUACACUCGUUCGAAGCACAUUCAGAUUACGUCAGAUGCAUAGCUAUACAUCCCACACAACCAUACAUUCUCACAAGCAGCGAUGAUUUGUUGAUAAAAUUGUGGAAUUGGGAUCGAAACUGGGCAUGCCAGCAAGUGUUCGAGGGCCACACUCACUACGUGAUGCAGAUCGUCAUCAACCCUAAAGACAAUAACACAUUCGCGAGCGCCAGUCUUGACACCACCGUUAAGGUUUGGCAACUCGGCUCAUCCAUCUCCAACUUCACACUUGAAGGCCACGAGAAGGGCGUCAACUGCGUGGACUACUACCACGGCGGUGACAAGCCUUACCUCAUCAGUGGUGCCGAUGACCGCCUUGUGAAGAUCUGGGAUUACCAGAACAAGACAUGCGUACAGACAUUAGAAGGUCACGCCCAGAAUGUAUCGGCGGUAUCGUUCCACCCGGAGUUGCCGAUCUUGUUGACGGGCUCCGAGGACGGCACGAUACGCAUCUGGCAUGCGGGAACCUACCGCCUCGAGUCCUCCCUGAAUUAUGGCUUCGAACGGGUCUGGACUAUAUCCUCGAUGCAUGGAUCCAAUAAUGUAGCCAUAGGCUAUGACGAAGGCACCAUAAUGAUAAAGGUAGGCAGGGAUGAGCCAGCAAUAUCGAUGGACGUGAACGGUGGCAAGAUCAUAUGGGCCAAGCAUUCUGAGAUGCAGCAAGUCAACCUGAAGAUGCUACCGGAUGGUACAGAGAUCAAGGAUGGCGAAAGGGUGCCAGUUGUCGCAAAAUACAUGGGUUCCUGUGAGAUUUACCCACAAACGAUAGCUCACAAUGCCAACGGUCGCUUCGUUGUGGUUUGCGGUGACGGUGAAUAUAUAAUUUAUACGGCGAUGGCUCUCAGAAACAAGGCUUUCGGCACAGCCCAAGAGUUCGUUUGGGCAUUAGACAGUUCCGAAUAUGCCACCUUGGAGAAUUCCAGUACAAUCAAAGUGUUCAAGAACUUCAAGGAGAGGAAGAGUUUCAAGCCAGAAUACGGUGCUGAGGGUAUAUUCGGCGGGUUCAUGUUGGGCGUGAAAUCUAUUAGCGGUAUGGCGUUCUCUUUCUACGACUGGGAAAAUCUGGAAUUAAUCAGAAGGAUCGAGAUCCAACCUCGCCACGUAUAUUGGUCGGAGAGUGGCAACCUAGUUUGUUUGGCGGCCGACGAUGCUUACUACGUGCUGAAAUAUAACCCGGCCGUUGUGACCCGCGCCAGGGAGACCAAUACAAACACCACGGAGGACGGAAUUGAGGAUGCCUUCGAGGUGGUAGGCGAGGUGAAUGAGACCGUUAAGACCGGCGUGUGGGUGGGCGACUGCUUCAUUUACACCAACUCUUUGAACCGCAUCACUUACUACGUGGGUGGGGAGAUUGUCACAAUCUCGCAUCUGGACCGCACCAUGUACAUACUGGGAUACGUCGCGAAAGAAAACAGGUUGUACCUGAAUGACAAGGAGUUGAACAUAGUAUCGUACUCGGUGCUGCUGUCCGUACUGGAGUACCAAACAGCAGUGAUGCGCGGUGACUUCGAGACGGCAGACAGAGUACUGCCUACUGUGCCUCACGAUCAUCGCACCAGAGUCGCGUACUUCCUAGAGAAACAGGGCUUCAAGCAACAGGCUCUGGCAGUAUCAACAGAGCCAGAGCACCAGUUUGAGCUAGCGCUUGCACUUGGAGACCUCGCGAGAGCUAAGCAAUUGGCCGAAGAAGCCGCGCUUGCUGAGGGGUCUGAGCCUUCCAGGUCAUGUAGUGCCAGAUGGACCCGCUUGGGUGCCGCGGCGAUGGCGGCCGCUGACACGGAGCUAACGAAGGCAUGCUACCAAGCCUCGCGCGACUACAGCUCCAUACUACUGUUAGCCAUCAGCACAGGCGAUCGGGCGCUACUACAAGAAGUAGCGAAAAUGUCAGAGCAAGACGGCGCAGACAACAUAGCUUUCACAGCGCUGUUUACGCUCAACGAGCUGGACGCUUGCCUUCAGUUGUUGUUGAGAAAGGGCAAGCUGCCAGAGGCGGCGUUCUUCGCCAGAUCAUACAUUCCGUCUAAGAUGUCAGAGGUGGUGAAGUCAUGGCGUCAGGCAGCUUCCGUCACCAACAAGAAGUCGGGUCAGGCCCUCGCAGAUCCGGAUCAGUACGAAAACCUGUUCCCUGGCUACCAGGAAUCAUUAGAACUAGAGAAGUUCCAAAAGGAGAUAGGCUACGAUCAGAGCUGCUCCAUGGAACUGUUCCCUGAAGAUUACCGCGAGUCGAAUGUGGACAGAGACCUCGCCGCUGAGAGAACGAACGCUUUGACGGCACCCACACGGUUACCUUCAAGAGAAAAACCUAAACCAUUGGAGUAUCAAAGCAUUGAAACAAGUCAAAUAGCGAGCAGUACGCCUGCUGAUAAAACCAUCACUCCACCAGAGCCAGAUUCGACCACGGCCGAGCCUGAAUUCGUACGCCACUUGAGCAAAAACUCGCUCGACUUCAUGGAGGAAAUCGAAAGGGAAAUCGAAAGGGAAAUCGAGGACAUAUCCCUGGACGAACCGAUCGACAGCGUCGAUUUGUCGGACGACGGUGACAUGCCAGACAUAAAACUAAAAAACUAAUUUAAUACUUAUUAUACACGUUUAUUAUUUUAAAAUUCAUCUUAAUUGCAAAUCAUGUUAUUUAGAAAAGUGGCUGAUCUAUUUAUAUAUACACAUCAUACAUACAUUCGUGUUAAAAAGUAAAGUAUUAAUGAUUUGAUGAGGUUUUCGUUUUUGUUUCUUCCUGUUGUAUGUACUGCUGGCAUAAUGUACCUACUGCCGAACUUCAAAUGUGGCCGUUGAUAGUUUAUACAAUAAUUAAAUAAAGCUAAUUGUCGUUAUUAAGGAAUGUGAAUAAAUGUAUAAAAUCAUUGUAUGAAAGGCGGUA